UUUGUUUCCUUAUAAAUACUUAUUUGGAGAAACAGUUGAGUAUUCAUUAAUUGCAGCUGAAAUCUGAACAAUGGCUUCCUUUGCAUCUCAACCUCUCUUCAUAUUCUUCUUCUCAGUUUUGUUCAUUACAAUCGAAGCGGAGUUCUCGUGUGAAUCCGUUACAACAUCCACAAAACGCAUGGAGAAAACAACCCGUCUCCACUUCUACUUCCACGACAUUGUAAGUGGAAAAAACCCAACAGUCGUUAAUAUUAUCAGACCACACAAGAAGUCAGCUGGUUCUUUUGGUUCCACUAACAUGGUAGAUGACCCUUUAACCCAGAAACCCAAGUUGAGUUCGGAACUGGUGGGGAGAGCUCAGGGAAUAUAUGCCUCUGCUUCCCAACAUGAUGUUGGAUUGCUUAUGGUCAUGAAUUUCGCUUUCUCUGAGGGAACAUACAAUAUACAAUGGGAGUACUCUUAGUACUCUUGGAAGGAAUGAAAUUUUUCAUACCGUCAGGGAAUGCCGGUGGUCGGAGGUACCGGGAUUUUCCGGAUUGCUCGAGGUUAUGCUUUGGCCAAGAUAGUCCGGUAUCAUAAACAGAAUACUGUAGUUGAAUAUAACGUAUCUGUUCUGCACUACUAAAUAACUACACUAUAUAUGCUUG